AGACAAAUAACAUCAUCUUCUUCUCUUUUUCAGAAAUGAUGCAGAGCAUUGUGGGUGUGGGAACAUCAUUGUUGUGACUUGUGAGAACAUCAUGGACUGAUUCAAAUCCUGGCCGGCGUUUCCUAUCUUGUGGGUUCAACCAGCAAAUCCCUCACAUGCUGCAGUGUCUGUAACAUCAUCUCAAAUGCCUACACCAACUACGCUGUGAGUUAUAUUUUAUGGCUUGCUUUAUUAUUUUAUGAUUGCUUUUUUAUAUAUGUGCUGAUGGUUAUUGCUUGUUUGCCGGCGGACAAUCUGCAUCUGCAACUCCUCUCAUUCCUGCCCCUAGUUCUAUUCCUGCUUCUUAAGUACAAACUUGCACUGGUUGAUCUAUUUUAACUAGUCCCUCAUGUUUCCUAGUGGCCUUAAUAUUUUAAUUUGUUGUAAGAUGUUACAAUUUUUAUAUAUGCUCCAUAAUAUAUAGCUGAUUUGGGGAAGAAUACCGUUUAAACUUGAAUUUCCUAUUAUGCCCCUGACUUAAUCCCUGACAAGUUACGUUAAACACACUUAACGGACUUGGACGGAAAAGGGGUACUUUGCAGCGCGCUAAUCAUCGGGGGAUGCACAAUGCAAUUAAUAAAAGUGGUGAUGAACAAUGGAUUGGCACCAAUAACUCUAACAACUCCUGGGGGUAUGAUGGCCGGAAUAGAAUACAAAGGAGUCAAAAACUUGUUGGAAACUGAAUUUCCUCCAGGCGGGUAAAAUUAAGCACAUGAACUUAUUGCUAUAACUUGAUUUCCAGUGGAUCCAAUACACAACAAAUAUAGGUCGCACUCAGUGGAGAAGAGAAAAUAUUGAGAACCAACAACUUGUUAAAUUUAAGUUUUUCAGCCUUUUACGCUUGGUGAUCAUCAUAUGCAUCAUAUUUCUUUGAUUGAUUGAUUUAGAUACUAGGAUCAAGCUUGGAUGGAAAACAAACGAAACAUCCAAGAUAGGCUGGAAGGUUCGAAUUUUACUGUUAUAGCCGAAGAUGAAAACAGAGUGGAGCUUUCAUUUACAAGAGCAUGGAAUCCUAGUUACCAGAAUAGCCCUCCACUGAAUAUCGACAAAAGGUACGUGAUGUUGCGUGGCUCCCCCGGAUUUUACACAUAUGCAACAGUUGAAAGAUUAGAGGGAAUGCCCGGCACAACUAUUACUCAAACAAGGGACACCUUCAAACUAUCAAGGAAACUGUCCUCUAGAGGAAGAAACUGGGGGAUUCAAGUGAAUGCACCCAUCGCAUUUGAAACUUCUAAUGAUGAGGAUAAUGCGGGAAAUAAAGUUUAUGGAGUUUGGGAAGAAGAUGAAUUUGACCCUGGAGCGGCGCCACCCUUCAAAUUAUCAGAUGUUCGAGAAGCCAUUCCUAAACAUUGUUUUGUUAAGGAUGCGUGGAGAUCUAUGAGCUAUGUUGUGAGGGAUAUUUUGGUGGUGUUUGGUUUGGCAGCCACAGCUGCUUAUUUCAAUAACUGGUUUUUGUGGCCAAUUUAUUGGUUUGCUCAGGGAACCAUGUUCUGGGCUUUAUUUGUUCUUGGUCAUGACUGUGGGCAUGGAAGCUUUUCAAAUAAUUCUAAGCUCAACAGUGUUGUUGGACACCUUUUGCAUUCUUCAAUUCUUGUGCCCUACCAUGGCUGGAGAAUUAGCCAUAGAACUCAUCAUCAGAACCAUGGACACGUCGAGAAUGAUGAAUCUUGGCAUCCGGUGCCAAAGAGGAUUUUUAACUUAAUGGAUGACACGGGGAAACGAUUUCGGUUCACUUUACCAUUCCCUCUGCUCGCUUAUCCCUUCUAUCUGUGGAUUCGAAGUCCAGGAAAGAAAGGAUCACAUUAUGACCCUAACAGUGAUUUAUUUGUUCCGAGUGAGAGAAAAGAUGUGAUCACCUCAACAGUAUGUUGGACAGCAAUGGCUUCUCUACUUGUAGGUUUAUGUUUUGUAGUAGGACCUAUUCCGAUGCUUAAACUCUAUGGCGUUCCCUACUGGAUUUUUGUCAUGUGGCUGGAUUUUGUGACCUACCUGCAUCACCAUGGGCAUGAAGGAAAACUUCCAUGGUAUCGAGGAAAGGAAUGGACUUAUCUGAGAGGAGGAUUGACAACGCUUGAUCGCGAUUAUGGAUGGAUCAAUAACAUCCACCAUGAUAUAGGAACUCAUGUUGUGCAUCAUCUCUUCCCUCAGAUCCCACACUAUCACUUGAUAGAAGCUACGGAAGCUGCUAGACCGGUGCUUGGAAAAUACUACCGUGAGGUGGAGAAGUCAGGCCCGAUUCCAUUUCACUUGCUGGGAAUUCUAAUAAGAAGCUUAAAACAGGAUCACUACGUAAGUGAUACAGGGGAUGUGGUAUAUUAUCAGGCAGAUCCCAAGCUCAGCGAAAUUCUCAAGUGAAUGAGAAGGAACUAAGAUACCUUUGUCAAAUUCUUAUAAGUGUCAAAGAUAUGAAAUAGUAGCAGCCUCUUAAAACUGUUGAUUUUUAUUCUCGCUUUUUUUUUAAAAAUUGAAAUCUGAUAGUAUAUAAUCAUAUGUGAUAAUGUAACAUUACCAAUCCA